UUGGCACUGCCUGCUCUCCACAGCAGUCCACAGCUUCCCAUUCGCUUGCUUACGAGCACAAUGUUUCCAACAGCUGUUCGUCAGCGCAGCCGACAUCUCCUAACUGCGAUCGCAGCUGAUCAAUCAUGCCGACUGUGUGAAAGAUCGCGUCGGGCAUUCUCGAACCAGACACAGCGCAGUCUUUUCCAUGUUCGGGCAUCUGUUCUUGUCAGAGCUGGGCCGAGAGCCUAUCGCUUCAUGAGCGACGGCCCGCUGAGCUGGUCAUAUGCCUACCGCGCGACACGAACAAAAACGUACUUAAGAAGUUGAAGCCCAUGCUAUCCAACAUAACAGCGCCCAGUGGCUCGAGCGAUGUUUUCGCACGUUAGCUCAUUGUCAUGGACCCUCUGGCUGCAGCGGAUGGCUGUGGUCACUGUGACGGCCUAUUCAAUGACGAGCAUGGCCUAUCGUAACCCUGUAUUACCCGGUUUCCACCCCGAUCCCUCCUGUACACUUGUGAAGGAGUGGGAUAACACCUUCUUUUGCGCAACAAGUUCUUUCAAUGUAGCGCCUGGUGUUCCUGUCUUUGCUAGCAAAGAUUUGCAGAGCUUCAGGCAGAUUGGAAAUGUCAUUACCAGGCCCAGCCAACUCCCGGGCUUGGCGCAUACAAACGGCUCUACGAGUGGUAUUUGGGCACCAUCCAUACGGUUUCAUAACGGGACCUUCUGGGUCGUUACAACUCUCGUAUACGACGAUCGCGCCCAAAAUGACUCAUCUCGAUGGGAUAAUAUCAUCCUCAAGACGACAAACCCGUACGCCUCUGAUGCUUGGUCUGAUCCCGUCCAUUUUACUUUCGAAGGCUAUGACACAUCCCCAUAUUGGGAUGAGGAAGGGGAUUCCUACAUCGUGGGCUCGCAUGCGUGGCAUAUACUAGAAAUGAUACAAGGGUUCAACAUUAACCUGAACACUGGUAACAUCACGGGCACGAUUUACGAUUUAUGGCCGGGCACUGGCGGAAUAGCGCCUGAAGCGCCGCAUCUCUAUCACCGAGAUGGUUUCUAUUACCUGAUGAUCGCUGAGGGAGGCACUGGUUUGAACCAUAUGGUGACCUAUGCACGGUCUCGGGAUAUGUGGGGCACUUACGAACCAGACCCUGCAAAUCCUGUUCUUACCAACGCGAAUACUACGCAAUACCUCCAAACCGUUGGGCAUGCCGACAUCUUCCAAGAUACAAAGGGGGAUUGGUGGGCAGUUGCUCUAUCGACGCGUUCGGGCCCCGAGUAUACAUACUACCCAAUGGGAAGAGAGACCGUUCUUACACCUGUUCAAUGGGAAAAAGACAAAUUUCCGACCUUCAUCCCCGUCCGCGGUGCAGAAGUAGGUCCACUGCCUCCGGCGAACAAAGACAUCGGCGGCAAUGGCAAUUGGGCUGGAGCGGACGAUGGCAUUACGUUCUCCCCGGGAUCUUCUAUUCCCAUGCACUUCGUCCACAUUCGAUAUCCUGAUCCCGCUGCGUACACCGUCUCGCCGCCCUCUCAUCCAAAUACACUCCGCCUAGCCCCAUCUAUCCUUAACAUCACGGGACUUGACGGGCGCACCUCCCCUACCCCACAAACCUUUGUCGGCCGCCGGCAAGAGCAUAUUCUUUUCACAUUCCAAGUCACCCUUCAGUUUGACUCUGCUCAAGAUCAAGCAGAGGCCGGUGUGUCUGUGUACCUGAAUCAGCUGCAGCAUUUCGAUCUCGGCGUCGUCACGCUCUCCCCACAAUCAGCCAUCCAAGCGGGGUAUUCGGGCGCGUUGUCAGAUGGCACGAGCAGAUACGCGCGGUUGCGGACCAUAACGGCCCAUUCGACGAAUGGAGGGGCUAUGGACCCGUUCUCCAAGCCGGCAAUCCUACCAUUGGGUCCUGAGGUACUCAACACGGUCUCUCUGCAGAUAGAGGCGGUCAAUAGGACCACAUACGCGUUUAGAUAUAAGAGCGGAUCCGAGUGGACGACUGUCGGGUGGGGCAAUUCAAGCCAGGUUAGUGGAGGAUUCACGGGGACGAUUCUUGGUCUGUUCGCGACUGGAAAUGGAAAAAAUAUUAGGGACCAGGCGUACUUCUCUAGCCUAUCAUACCAAGGGAAUCAUGACGUAUUCUGAACCUCAAAUGAAUUCCUCGGUUUCAUUC